CUCAACGAAACUGGACAAGGUCAGUCUUUCAUUCCUAUAUUGCAAUUAUCUCUCCCUCACGGCUCAUACAGCGACUUUUGGCGUUCCCAACAGCCAGGUGGUUAUUUUGAUGCUGGUAAGCUGGUCACACAGCUGGGUAUGUCGAUGCUCAUCUUAUGUCACCUGAUAGCUUGGGGAAACGGAAACAGCUACUGUAAUAUUGAUAAUAAUGCUACGAUACCUUGUGACCAGGGGCUCGUUCCGAUUUACGUUGCCCGUGUCAAGUCGGUUGCAGACGUGCAAGCCGCUGUCAAGUUUGCAAAGGCACGUAAAGUGAGCACGAGAGUCAAAGUUUGGGUCGUUCUUCUGGCAAUGGUACCUUUGCGAUUCAGACCAGUUGAAUUCAAUGACACUUUAGUACCCGCUCCCAACAACACGUCCCCACAAGGGGUCGUUCAUAGCGCGGCAGGAGAACACUGGUAUUCUGCAGACCAGCGUGGCGUUAUCGUUGUUGGAGGUUCUAGUUACUCGGUCGGUGCAGCGGGUGGAUGGGUGCUCGGAGGAGGCCAUUCUUCCCUGAGCCCUCAAUACGGUCUUGGUGUUGAUAUCGCUCCUUCUCUCGUCCUCUCUAUCUCGGUCAACUACACGGAAUCGAAAUUCCGGGGUCUUCUGAAGACAUAUCUACAGCUUCAGCCCGAACUGAUCGCUCAGAACUUUUCUGGUUAUACCUAUCCAUACAUCUCACCAUUAAGUUCCUACGCACUGUCGAAAGCCAACUCAAACGACUCGAGCUCCAAUUCCACCGAUACAUUCGUAACGGCAUUGGUCAGGUACAACUCUAACGAUGCGAUGGCAGCCAACGCCACCCUUAAACCUUUCUUCGACUAUGUCCAGCGCGAGCAACUGAACAUGACCUUCAGCAAUGUUACGUUGACCAAGUACAUCCAACAGUUCGAUCAACCCCCAGACCAAGUAAACGAGGGUGCUGGACAGGCUAGUGUCUUUGGAAGUCGGCUCUUACCGCCUAGUCUGUUUGAGGAAGGCAAUAUAGACGGCUUGGUCGAUUUCGUGAUCAACACGCCUAUUUCUCCGUCGUUUUAUCUAGUUGCGGGAAACAAGGUCAAUCGAGUCGCGCCAGACGCCACCGCAGUUCACCCCUCGUGGCGAAACUCGAUCCAGCACCUGAUCGUCAGUUCUGGAUGGUUCACUAAUACCACGUUCUCGGAAAGAGACAAGAUUAGGCGCCAGGUGACGGAGGAGACACAGAAGCUAGCUGCUUUAGUCCCCGCAUAUCUGAAGCGAACCUUGCCAUCUUCACCAAUGCCACUCUUGACUCUUGACAAAGAUCUGCGUUUCUUCUACAACAUCUUUUCGCCCAAAGGGAGUGUCCUCGACACGUCCAAACCGAUCAUUCUGUUCUUGCAUCCUGUUUUUUUCGAUCAGACCUUCUUUGCGCCUCAGUACACUGAUGAGGGGCUAGCCGAAAGGUUCAACCUGGUGGGUACUCAAACCACAUUAGACGACGAGAAAUACGACUAUGAUAAG